AUGAACCCCCUGCUGCUAGCGUCAUCAUGCUGUGGCUCCUGGCAAGCACUGAAUUACCUCCUCGACAGGGAAGAUGCACCCGGGCGGUCAGAUGCUGUGCCAAUUCAAUCAUUUCUUGAGUUGCUCGAGGGCACAAGCACCGCCGCAGGCUUGGCGACGCAGCAGCAAGCCUCUGUCCAUGGAGUAGAAGAAGCUGGCUCUGAUCAGCAUUCAAUCCCCGCAGGACCGCCGGUGGGGGUCGUCACCCUAGGCAGGGACACCGCACUACACGCGGUGGCCAAAUACGGUGACGGCGACAACUUUAUGAGGAGUGCCGGCGUUAUCUACCGCAAGGCGCAGCACCUUGUGGUUACACAAAACCAGAGGGGUGACACGCCCCUGCAUGUCGCUGCCAGGGCCGGGAGUUCCCAGAUGGUCUCUCGUUUCAUUGAUCUCGCUAGAGGCGAGGACAGCGAUGGCGGAGAGAGGUUGAAGGUGCUCCUGAGAAAGGAAAAUGGUCGCAAGGAGACGGCCUUGCAUGCGGCUGUCCGCAUUGGAAAUAAGGAUAUGGUGGAUCUGCUAAUGCUGGCGGAUUCAGAAUUGGCCAGCUAUCCAACGGACGGCACUUCCCCGUUGUAUCUAGCCAUCCUGCUUGAGCAGGUCCACAUUGUGCAGUCACUAUAUGACAAUAGUCAUGGUAAUCUUUCGUAUUCUGGACCAGAUGGACAAAAUGCACUGCAUGCUGCUGUUCUUCGUAGCCAAGGUGCGAAGAAGGCUAAUGUCAAAUUCCUAGACAAGUGUCCCAAUGUUGCUGGUUUGUGUGACAUCAAGGGAAGAACUUUCCUUCAUGUUGCUAUUGAGUCGCAUAUGCUUGCAAAACUGAGUCGUUAUCAUGGAUUUUGA